AUGGCGCUGAACGGCGGCGCGGACGAGGCCGAGGCGCGGCGGGAGCGGCUGGACCGGGCGAGCCGGGCCAUGGGGGCGCUGCUGCUCCGGGGCUACCGAAUGUUGGGGAGCUGCUGCCCGGAGUGCGGGACGAUUCUGCUGCAGGACAAGGAGCGGCGGCUGCUGUGCGUGAGCUGCCAGGAGCCCGCGGGGGGGCACGUGACCAAAGACCCCCCCCCAAUGUCCCCAACCUCCCCCCCCCCCCCCCCCCGCAGCGACUUCGACGCUCUGGACCCCCGGGACCACCGGGGCAACAACAAACGGGCCUUCGACGCCUUCGCGGCCCUGGGGGUCCCGCGGCUCCUGGACCCCUCGGACAUGGAGACCCCCGACAGCCUCGGGGUCAUGACCUUCCUCAGCCAGGUCCGAGCGCUCCUGGGGACCCCCCCGGGGACCCCCCCGCGCCCCCGCAGCGGCUCCAGCGGGGGGGGGCCCCGAGAGACCCCCCCGGACCCCCAGAGCGGCUCCGUUGAGGAGGGAACCCCCCCGGACCCCCGGAGUGACGUCACCGAGGGGGGGCCCCAAACGACCCCCCCGGACCCCCGGAGUGACGUCACCGAGGGGGGGCCCCAAACGACCCCCCCGGGGACCCCCCCGGACCCCCGGAGCGGCUCCAGCGAGGAGGAGCCCCAAGAGCCCCCCCGGGACCCCCAGACCCCCCCAGAGACCCAAACCGGGCCCCUCCCGGAACCCCAAAUCAGCGUCAGCGAGGGGGGGCCCCAAGAGACCCCCCCAGACCCCCCCCGGCUCAGCCCCAUCGAGGGGGGGGCGCCCCCAGACCCCCCCGUGGGACCCGUGGAGGGGGGGCCCCCCCAGGACCCCCGGACUGACAGAGCCGAGGGGGGACCCCCGCCCAGCCCCCCCCGGGACCCCCAAAAUGGGGCUCUGAAGGGGGGGGGCUCCCCCCAGCUCGGCGCCGUUGAGGGGGGGCCCCUCCAGGACCCCCCCCCAGCCUUUGGGGAGGGGGCGGCUGGGCCCGGGCCCCCCUCCCGGCCCGUGGGGGUGGGGAGGGGUCUCCCCACGCCCCCUCCCCGCUCCAGGAGCCUCCCCCGCCUACGGGACCCCCCCGCGAAGGGUGACGUCGGGACCCCCCCCGCCCCUCCCCCCUCCGAGACCCCGAGGGAGCCCCUGGAGACCCCCGAGGAGGAGAGCGGGGGACACUGGGUGGUGGCCGAGCUGCUGGCCCUGGAGCAGGACCAGGCCCGCUUGGACGCUCAGGCCCCGGCGCUGGAGCGGGAACUGCGGGCACUGAUGGACAGCGGCGCGGACCCGGCCCGCGAGGAGCGGCUGCUCCGGGACUGGUUCUCGCUGGUGCAGCAGCGGAAUUUGCUGGUGCGGCGACAGGACGAGCUGCAGCUGCUGGCGCAGGAGCGGGACCUGGAGCGGCGCUUUGAGCUCCUGAGCCGGGAACUGCGGGGGCUGCUGGGGACAGAGGAGUGGGAGAAGCCCCCAGCCCAGCGGCAGCGCGAGCAGCUCUUACUGGAGGAACUGGUGGCACUGGUGAACCGGCGGGACCGGCUCGUGCGGGACCGGCACCGCCGCGAGUCCAGGGCGCUGGAGGAGGAUGAGGAGCUGCGGCGGAGCCUCGAGCCCCGGCGGCGCCGCUUCGGCCGCAGGGAAACCUGUGGGAUCUGCUGAGAGACCCCCGGGAGCCCCCCGGGACCCCCAAACCCCCGGGACACCUUCGGGACCCCCAAACCCCCGGGACCCCCCCCGGGACCCCCAAAACCCCCAAGAUCCCGGUGG